GUCGCGACUCAUCUCACUCAAAUAACACCUUAUUCAUUUUUACACUUGCUUAAUUCUGUGUCAAAAAAAUAAAAUCAAACUAGUUAAUUUUUAAAAUAGAAAAAAUCUAGAAAUUAAUAAAGCAGAUCAUUAUUUAUUGAUGAUUUGAUUUUCCCUCAAUUCCGUGGUAAUUUGUUACAGAUUUAUUUAUGUUCCAACAGAUAUGAACGAGAGUUUCUUUGUUUAAUUCAAAUUGAAAAUCGCAAAAAUCGAAACUGAAAUUUUCUCAUCAUACUCAAAUUUCAAAACCACACUCAACCCUUCACUUCCGCAUGCUCUUCUUCUUCUUCGAUCGUUAAACAAUGAAGGGUUUUGGGUCAUACAAUGAUUGGCCCUAUUAUGCAUCACCUUCAUCAAAUUUAUCAGCUUUUGCAACCCCUUUUAGUGUUAAUCGACCUUCUCCAAUCGAUGUUUCGGCUCCGUUCAUCGAUCCAGCAGACGCUGUUCGACCUAGCUUACCUUACGGGUAUCUUAAUCCAAUUAAAGAAUCAGAUUCUGAUGAUUCUAAUUCUUCAAACCAAUUUGGGUAUUCAGGGUUUCAUGUUUUAGAUUCUUCUUGUGCCCAAUUACCUCAAUUUUCGAAUGCGAAUGCUACCAUUGAACCUCAGCAAUACUUUAAUUCAUAUGGGCUUCAUCCUGAUCAUAAUUCUAAGUCUGUUGUGCCUGAUCAUUGGUCUUCGUUUUCGGGUUUUACUUCGUCCGAUGGGGCUGGGUCUUCUCGCGCUGAUUAUGGUAACAAGCCGAUUGAGUUAGGGUUUGCUGGUCAAAGUGUUGUUGGGAAUCAGUUUGCAGAUUUUGGCAAUGGUAAAGGUAAUCAGAUUGGUGUUAGGAGUAGUUUGGCAUCGAAUCAAACCAAUUUCAUUGGUUCUGUUGUUGAUGAAAGGAUCAACUUAGGGGGGCAAGAUAUAACUGACAGUCAGGGUGAGGAUGCGCAUAUGUUUGGUUGGGAGAUACAUCCGCCUACUAUAAGUGCGGGUCACUUAGAUGAUAAAUCUUGCCGGGGGAGAACUACCAAGCCCAUGCCAGUUGAUUUUUCACAUACAUCAGUUUUGCAAUCGCCUUCAUUGUCUCUAGAAACUCAUCAUGAGGCCCCUCUAAAAUUAGCUGUGGAUUCAGGGAACCAUCACUUUUCAUAUACCGGUGUAUAUGACAAAUACCCGUGGCAGUGGCAGCAAGCUAAAAUACCAAGAGUUGAUACAGUUUCUUCAACUCCUAUAACCGGACCCGUUACAGAUUUAAACAUUGGACACAAUUACUAUGAUAUAAAGGAGGCUCAUCCCACGCCCAGUCUUGGGACUGCUGGUUGCUUUGGUUUAGGUCAGCUCCGCAUGCAUCUAGAUAGAAAUGAACCUUCCUCAUCAGACAUUGCAAUGAUUUCAGACAAUGCAAGGCAUGAAUUUCCAAAUCCUCAUCCAAAUCUAGGCAAUUUAAGCUUGAGACUCAAUGCUAUGCAGGCUGUCAAUUCUGUUGAUAAAUCUUUUGAGUGUGGUGGUGAUCAGUGUAAUCCCUCUGUAGACUCGCCUUGCUGGAAGGGAGCUCCUACUGCUCAUUUUUCUUAUUAUGAAUCUGCUGAGGUUUUACCUCCUGAACAUGUGCCUAAAAAUGAAGAGUGUUUUGGUUAUGUUAUUCAGGAGCCUCAGAAUUUUAUUUUUGAUGCCAAAAGUAACGUCAAAAAGCCAUGUGACACCAGCUUCCAAAUGCACAUUCGGACUGUUAAUCAGGAAACAAAUUCAGCAGGUUCUCCCAGGAAGUUGUCAGAAACAAGGUUUGCAUCCGAAGAUUGUCAAUCAGAUGGUGCAGUGAGUGAUGGACCUUUUCAGUCUGAACCAUGUGAUUACGGGCUUCAAUAUCAAGACGGUAUUACCAAAAUGAAGGAAACUAGUGUACCACCAACCAAGCCAAUUGAUUGUGAGUUUGGAUCUUCUCAUGAUGAGCAUCAAGUUACAGAGGAAAACAAAUUGGUGUCUCAACAACUACAUACCUUAUGCAUAGGUGAUGUAGAUGCUGGGUGCAAUGAGAAUAUAUGCUCAGCGUCUGGUACACCUCAUACUGGAGGACAUGCCCUGUCUUCUUCUUCAGUGGAAGAUGCACCUACUACACCUGUAAAAUCAGCUACGAAAGUAUCAACUGAGAAAUUAAAUAUCCAGAUGCUGGUUGCUACCAUGCAAAAUUUAUCACAAUUGCUUCUUAAUCAUUGUUCAAAUGAUGCCUACGAACUGGAAGAAGGAGAUUGCAAGAUCCUUAGAAAUGUGAUCGGUAAUCUUAAUACUUGUAUUUUGAAGAAUGCUGAGCAAAUUAACCUAGCUCAGGAAUGUCUCUUCCAUCAGCCAGAAACUUCUAUAUGUGCUGGAGAAUCAUGUGAGCUUCAACAGAAUGUGUGUUUCAAGGGACCAGAGAGCUCUAUGGACGGGCUUGAAAAUCUUCUUGCUCAAAAGGCAGAUCUGUGUUUUGGAUCUGGGAAGCCACACUGGAUGCCUUCAGACUCCAUUUCCCCAAGCAGCGGUGGUGCAGAAAUGACAAAGGCAGAGAACGUGAAAACAGAUGAGCGUGAAAAUCUGCUUGCUCAAAAGGAAGAUCUGUAUUUUGGAUCUGGGAAGCCACAUUGGAUGCUUUCAGACUCCAUUUCCCCAAGCAAUGGUGCAAAUAUGACAAAGGCAGAGAACAUGACUAAGGCUAUAAAGAAUAUUCUUAGUGAGAAUUUUGAUGAUGGUAAUGAUGACGGUGGAGCAACAGAGUCUCAGACUGCAUUGUUUAAAAAUCUAUGGCUUGAGGCUGAAGCUGCACUAUGUUCUGUUUCUUUCAAAGCUCGCUAUAAUCAAAUGAAGAUUGAAAUGGAGAAACACUCAUACAAGCAAAGAGACAUGGAGGACCAUUCAAAAUCUGAGGUUAUUCCCAGUUUAAGCAGGAGUCAGAGUUCUGCAAUCGGAGUGAACAAAUGUUCAAACUCUGAUUCUUCUGCUGAGAAUUUAGUUGUAUUAGAUGCUACCAAUCCAAAGGAACUAUCUCAGUUGAAAUUUUCUGCUGAUAUGAACGGACCUAAUCCAUUGACACCCGAAGCAGAGGAUAGUCAAAACCUUUAUAGUUUCAUCCGGAACUAUGCUGUUUCUGGCACAAACAAGGAGGUGGUUGGAAAUAAUGUGGCUUCUGUUAUGGCCAGAUACGUUAUUAAAGCCCGGGAUGAAAAUUCGUGCAUCAAUAAUAAUGAUUGGAAGACACCAUCAGAAUUAGCAGACAAGUUGACACCUAGAGAAAUAGAUAAUCAAAACCAGUUUAAUUUUUGUAAGGAUUCUCCUAUUCCUGCAAAAAACAAGGCUGAUUAUGAGACAUCUGUUUUGGCUAGAUUUCAUAUUCUUAAAUCCCGUGCUGCUGAAGAUUCAAAUUCUGAAUGUUCAACAGAGAAAUUGUUUGAAUUAUCUGCUGAAGGAAUAGAGGACACAAUAAUUACAAAAGAUGCAUUAAAGGGUGAAAGUUUGGAUGCCAAUCUCAAUUCCUACACUGCUGUGGACAAAUCAAUCCCAAAGGAGAUUCAUCUGGAUUUGGAGGAUAGUGAAGAAAUUGAGCGUUGCAGAACCUACGAGUUUCAACUUCCUAAUUAUCACUCCGAUGGCAUGGCAUCAGAUUGGGAACAUGUGUAGAAGAGGAGCUUGUUGGUCUAGAAACUGCUAGAGUUGGAUUACAUGACUGAAUAAAUUUUUAUGCAUUAGAGUUGUUUACUGUCUUUUAUCAGACAUAUAUGCUGCAGACUUUGGUCUUUUAAUUCUUUUAUCCAUGUUUUGUAUAUAUAACUCAGACCUUAUCUGUUUUCUUUUA